AUGUUAGGGGUUAGGGUUUAGGGUUUAGGCUAUGGACGUCCCAAGGAUCCCAGAUUGCUGAUGCCAGUGUUCAGUAGCAUGAGCCAAACAACUUGACAGAGAUAGUGUGCUAAGUUUGUCCCCGCUGGCUUCCCAUCAAACUACCAGACUGACGGCUUUGUUUAAUUUAUCAACUAAAAAUAUAGUUGUGUUAGGUUCUGAAAAGGUUCUUGGAAUAGGUUUGUAAGACGUGUCGGACGCUAUGGCGAACAUUAAAGGAUAACUGCGGAUAAAGUAUCUGGAAAAUAAAGAACUUCGACAGAAUCUCCAAAAGUUUAUACUUCACUGUCAUGUUUAUUGUUGAAUGCGCUUUUGUGUGAGCGAACAAACGAUAUUCACUACAGUGUGCUGCGGAUACAGGGUCUGCCUGUACAUGUUACUACUGUGGGCAGUACUGAGGACAAUGAGGCUGUGACUGGCCUCCUGCAGCCAUGACAGAGCUGGAGAUUGAUCAGUCCCACCUGCCACGGGUCCAGGAAGUGUGCCAUGUUUUUGCUGUCCUGGAGGACGGAGCAUUGGCACACAACCUACAGGAACAGGAAAUUGAGCAGUACUACACCACCAACAUGCAGAAGAACCAGCUGGUGCAGAAAGACAUCCGCAUUGCCAAGAGGCUGCAGGAUGAGGAGGAGGAACAGAGAGCUCAACACAGAGCCCUCCUGAGCCAGGCAUCUAGACAACUUGAGGAGCAGGACUCAGAGUAUGCCCAGAUGAUCCAGGAGGAGAUCUUGAUAUGUGCUGAUGAGGAGGCUCAGAGAAGGGAGCAGGAGGACAAGGAAAUGGCUAAACACAUUCAGAAAGAGGAGGAGCAGAGGGUCAGACAGAGGAGCAGUAGGCAGGAGAGCCUCAGUGAUGGAGCCGCACUGCAGCUGGAGAAGGGGGCGUGUCUGGACCUGGGGGUGCUGCAGCAGGUGCUUCUGGAUGAGGAGCUGGCCAGAAGGCUGCAGGAGGAGGAGGAGGAGGAGGAGGAGGAGGAGAAGCUGCUGAGGAGGAGCCCUCCAGCCCAUUCCUCCCACUCUCAACGCAACUCCUACCCAGUGGGAGACUUCAGAGUGGCACAAGUGGCUCAGGAUGAGGAAAUUGCCCGCUUCAUGCAGAAGCAGGAAAUGAAGUCAAAGCGUCGGUCACGUGACCUUGAUGGCCCGGGGUCACAGCGUGAACCGCAUGACCUGGCUGACCCCUAUGACAGGAGAACUGCCAGAGAGAGACAGAUCCAGCGGGAGAGACUGGACUCAGAGGACCUUCCAUCUCCUACUGAGGACUGCUCUCCAGACUAUCAGCCCCCUAGCCCCACAACACUACCACAACAGCCAAUCAGAAUCAGAAACAUUGCAGAGGAACUGGACCCAACUUUCAAGGCAAGGAGACAAGACAAGGAGUGCAUCAGAGCGGGACCGACAAUUUCUGGCGCAUCCUCCUGCCAGUCUCAUCCCACUCCUCACUCCGGCUUACAUGAUUUUAUGGAGGAGCCAACGUUCAUCCCGCCCACCAAGAGGCAGAGCGACAAAUCAGUACGCUCCAAAUCCAAAGAGAAGAAGGAGAACUGUAAGCAGCAGUGAUGUCACAGUCUGACGCCGUGGGCCCGGGAGUAUAACCGCACACCCCUCACAUGACUUUACCUGGUUGCAAGAGGAUUUAAAGAAAAAUAAUAUUUAGUUAUCCCAACUAGCACUUUAACCAGUUAAAAAAAUAAAAUUGUGGAUUUUGUUUUUGUUAAAAGGACUGUUGCAGAUGCAACUUUUUUUUUUUUGUUGAGUCGAUUAUGGAGUGAGUGCAUACAUUUUUGUACUUUUUCUUACUGGAUUCAGAUAACCCAAUAAUAUUCAAAGGGAAGAAUUAUACACUGAACAAAAAUAUAAACGCAAAAUGUAAAGUGCUGGUCCCAUGUUUCCUGAGCUGAAAUAAAAGAUC